CCUAGACCUCAGGUAGGCCGAGAGACCACCCACACCUAGACCUCAGGUAGGCCGAGAGACCACCAGCCCAAAGACCACACAGACCUAGACCACUACGCUCCGUCCCACAGCAGGAGGGUCGUCGUCUGCUGGUUUCUUGUCGUCAAGUUGAUCUGAAAUGGUUCAGUUUCUCUUUCUGGUGACAGGAAUCAAUCCUCAAUAAUCAUGAGUGAUGUGUUUGAGGUCAACUAGAACUGAGAGUUAAAUAGGAAAUGGGAUUCCCAUUGAGUGAAGGACUGACGAGACUGGUUUGGACAGACCUUGAUCCUGUCAGCUGGACUCUGAUGGACCUCUCAUGGUGGACCGGUUCCAGAUUCUAAAUCCCUUUCAGCCCUGAAUAAAUGAACCCUCCAAAGACCACGGUCCAGAUCAGGGUGUUGAUGCUGGAACCAGAGGCGAUGAAAGUUCUGAGAACCGGAGUUCUGAGCCCACCGACCCAAGAUUAUCCAGUCCAGAUCCGGCUCACUUCCGGUCCUGGACCACAGCUGGAGGUCCCAACAUGUAACAACGUUCUGGAGGUCUUCUCUCCUGGGUUCACCGGUGCUGUUAGCUGCUGGUUCACUGGUCACCUGGUUCAGAUGUGGAGCUGGGUGGUGAAGGUGGUCCCUCAGCCGCCUCCAGCAGCUGAAGAGCUGAAACCAAUGGUUGCCCCGCCCCCUGCUUCAGCUCCGCCCCCUUCCACACCCCCUGUCGCAGCCAAUGCAGCGAAAGCAGAAUGUGGAGGCGGCCCUGCUGCAGCUGUGGGAGGAGCUCCAGAGCUCAGGGUCCAGGAUGUGGUCCAGGAUGUGGUCCAGGAUGUGGACCAGGAUGUGGUCCAGGAUGUGGUCCAGGAUGUGGACCAGGAUGUGGACCAGGAUGUGGUCCAGGAUGUGGUCCAGGAUGUGGACCAGGAUGUGGUCCAGGAUGUGGUCCAGGAUGUGGACCAGGAUGUGGUCCAGGAUGUGGUCCAGGAUGUGGUCCAGGAUGUGGACCAGAGUGCCCGGCUGUCAAAGCGCAGUGCUGCAGGUGAUGAUGAGGACGAUGAGGAAGAGUCCAGGGAGGGAGACCUGCUGGCUGCAGACGACGAGAUGCGUCCUCUGGCGGCAGCAGCCGGCGGCGGCGUCCUCCAGGACCGGCUGAGCGAGCUGCUCCGGCUGUUCAGAGGACGGACGGAGCGGCAGAAAGAGCGGCUGGUGGACCCGGACGAGUCUGAAGAAGAAAGUCCUUCGGCCUCUCCGAGCAAAGCUCCUCCUCCUCCUCCAGAAGAGAAGAAGGACGAUGUCCCUCUAGCACCAGAAGAAGAAGAGGAAGAGGAGGAGAAGGCGUUUGUUCUCCCCUUUGAACUUUUAGGACGUCCAGUCAAGAUUCCCAAACUGCCCAAACUCCCCCCGAUGCCGUCCUGGGUCCGAGUCCUAGUGGACUACCGCUUCCCCUCCAGCAUCGACCCGUUUACCGACCUGAUCUACGUGCUGUGGCUCUUCUGCGUGGUGGCGGCGUGGAACUGGAACAUGUGGCUGAUCCCGGUGCGCUGGGCGUUCCCCUACCAGACGGCGGAGAACCUCCACCUGUGGCUGCUAAUGGACUACACCUGUGACCUGGUCUACGUCGCCGACAUCCUGGUCUUCCAGCCGCGGCUGCAGUUUGUCCGCGGAGGAGACAUCGUGUGUGACAAGAAGGACAUGAGAGAGAACUACAUGACCACAGAGAGGUUCAAGAUGGACGUCAUCAGUCUGUUUCCUCUGGAGAUCCUUUACUGCUUCACCGGCGUCAACUCGCUGCUCCGGUUCCCUCGUCUGCUGAAGUACGUGGCUUUCUUUGAGUUCAACGACAGAAUGGAGGCUGUGAUGAAGAAGGCGUACAUCUACAGGGUGAUCCGGACCUCCAGCUACCUGCUGUUCUCUCUGCACAUCAACGCGUGUCUCUUCUACUGGGGAUCAGACUAUGAAGGUCUGGGCUCCACCAAGUGGGUCUACAACGGGAAAGGCAACGCAUAUAUUCGCUGCUACUAUUUCGCUGUGAAGACGUUGAUCACCAUCGGAGGACUCCCGGACCCCACCACCGUCUUCGAGAUCUGCUUCCAGCUCAUCAACUACUUCGUGGGCGUGUUUGCCUUCUCCAUUAUGAUCGGCCAGAUGAGAGACGUGGUGGGAGCCGCGACCGCCAGGGAGAACUACUACCGGGCCUCCAUGGACAGCACCGUCAAGUACAUGAACUCCUACAGCAUCCCUGCAGAGGUCCAGAACCGCAUCAAGACCUGGUACGACUACACCUGGAAGAGCCAGGGCAUGCUGGACGAACAGGAGCUGCUGAUGCAGCUUCCUGCUAAGAUGAGGCUGGACAUGGCCGUGGACGUCAACUACACCAUCGUCAGCAAGGUCGCCUUGUUUCAGGGGGAGAUCGGCAGGGAGAUGUACAUCAUCAAGCAGGGCGAGGUUCAGGUGGUCGGGGGUCCAGACCUGCAGACCGUCUUCGUCACCAUUCGAUCCGGCUCAGUGUUCGGAGAGAUCAGCCUGCUGGCCGGGGGCGGGGGCAACCGGCGGACCGCCAACGUGAAGGCGCACGGCUUCGCCAACCUCUUCAUCCUGGACAAGAAGGACCUGGCCGAGAUCCUGCUGCACUACCCAGAAUCCCAGAAACUCCUCCGCAAGAAAGCCAAGACGAUGUUGACGAAGGACACGAAGCCCGACGAGAAGGGCGGAGCUAAAGAGGCCAUGCAGGUUAUUCCACUGAGACCAGACACACCUGAGAUGUUCAAGGCGGCCCUGAAGGUGUCACAGCUGGAGGGGCUCGAAGGGACCUUCACCAGACUGAGGAAAACCUACGAGCAGAGCACGGCACAGGCUCCUCCCCCCGUCUCCCCGGCCCCUCCCCCCUCCCCUAUGCACCACCGUUCGCUGGUCAUCAGGAUGACGGAGUGAGGCUCUGCCUCCCAGAAUGCACUGCACCAACCUCAGAGACAACAGCCCCAGUGCAUUCUGGUCCAGCGUCCCCAAGCACCUCCUGGUGGAGCUUCUCCUCCUCCUCCUUCUCCUCCUUCUCCUUCUUCUCCUCCUCCUCCUUCUCCUCCUCCUCCUUCUCCUCCUCCUCCUCCUUCUCCUCCUAUCUCCUCUCACCUCCUCCUCCUCCUUCUUCUCCUCCUCCUUCUUCUCCUUCUCCUUCUUCUCCUCCUCCUC